GUAAAAUAUGCAAACACUUGAUUCAACAGUUAAAUGGUUCAACAAGACCGAAGGAAGGGACAAGAUAUGCAAAGUCAUGCAAUAUGGAUCCAGAUUUUUAAUGUGGCAUCUCAAAACCAACAAUGGCAAUGAAUAAUUAUCCAAUCAAUUUAAGAAUUUAUUUUGUACUUGAUUUGUUUAUCCUUAUAUAGAAAGCACAAGAGAUGCCAGAAAAUUAUUCAGAUUAGCCAAAUCUUUGAAUGAAUUGUAAACUAUCAUUGAUAAAGUGGGUCAGAAUUGCAAAACAUCUCAAGAGUAGGUUGCUCGGGCAUUAAAUAUCCUAACAAGAGUAUGGUUUUUAUUAUAUUGGUAAAAAUUUGAAUUUAAGCUUUAGGUUCUAUGAUAACUUGAGUGUGUUAUCAACCAUCAAGUUCACUACCAGCGACCCAAAGCCUUUGUAAAAAAAAGCAAUGACAUUUUGGUUUAUUGCAAUAAUUACAAACUUGAUUGACACAAUAAGACAAUUGUUUGUCAACUUCUAAUAUAUUUAACAAAACAAAAAUAAUCAAACUGCUUAGCAAUAGAUUGCUAAUAAGUACGAUUAAAAUAAGACUCUUUAUUUAAAUUUGAUAAAGAUAUUUGGAGAUUUAAUGCCCGCUGGUUAAGGAUCAGAGUUUUUCCCCAAAGUAUUGAAAAUCAACCUAAACGAUGGAGUUAUUGGCCUUGGAGGUCUUGUAUCAGGUGCUGUUGCUGCUUAUUAAGCAUAUUGAUUAAUAUUAAGGAAUCAUAUUAUAAAAUAAAAUAAUA